UGGUAACAUUGUGUUGUGUUUAAAGACAGACAGGACAAUCAUCAUACUAAUUUUUAAGUAAAGAAUUUAGUUUGAAACUUUUAGUCCCCUAACGGAAAUUUAAUUUUUUUCCCGUUGUUUAUUUUUAUGGAUUAGAGUAUCCAGCAAGCCAUGGAAGACUUAGGAGAAGAAAGCCUCUUUGUUGUUGAUGAAGUGAGCAACAUUAUCAAAGAUGCUAUUGAAGAAACCAUAGGAGGUAAUACAUAUCAACAAAGUAAAGUGAACCAAUGGACAUCAUCGGUUGUUGAUGCUUGUCUUGCAGCUCUUACUAAACUACAAAAACCUUUUAAAUAUAUAGUAACGUGUACAAUAAUGCAGAAGAAUGGUGCUGGUCUGCACACCGCCAGUAGCUGCUACUGGGACAACACCACAGAUGGCAGUUGUACUGUGCGUUGGGAGAAUAAAACCAUGUACUGCAUAGUGUCUGUGUUUGGCCUCAGCAUCUGAGCACAUUCCACAGUGCCCUUAUAUAUUAUCGUCUGUUCAAGCUUAAAUUUGGUUGUAUUAUAAUUAACUUUAUUAUUGCAAUAAUUUAAUACUACUAAUAGUAUGUAAUCAUUUAAAUUUAAAUUGUGUUAUUAAACUAUUUAUUGUAUCAAC